ACGGGCUUGACACGGGUGCCAUUACAGGAUAAUAAACAGGAGGUUAGCCAGAUUGACAACAAGGGAUCUUUGAGUAAGAAAGCGGUUUAUAGCCACCUCGGGCUGGUGUUUCUGCUAUGAGAAGAGGACACUGGCUGUUUUAGGAUUGUGUGUGUUCAGAUCGGACACCAUGGCUGCAGCCCCCCCACUCAGACGGACAGACUCAGCCCGGGGGGAGUUCUCCCCUCUGAAGCACUUUGUUGUAGCCAAAAAGAAGAUCAGCGAUGUGUUUGAUCAGCUACUGGGUUAUGUGAAUGAGACCUCAGAGUUUGUAGAGAAAACUUGUACAAAUAAGGCUUUGGAGAACAUUGCAAGUGAGGAUCAAAAGUUGGAGAUUCAGGCAUAUGCUGAUAAACUGACCAUCAUAAAGGAGGUGCUGGCACGAAGGCACAUGAAAGUGGCCUUUUUUGGCAGAACCAGUAAUGGGAAAAGUACAGUGGUCAACGCCAUGCUGAGAGACCGCGUACUGCCCAGUGGAAUUGGUCACACCACAAACUGCUUCCUGAGUGUGGAGGGCACAGAUGACGACAAGGCUUUCCUCAAGACCGAGGGCUCAGAUGAGGAAAAGAGCAUUAAGACUGUAAACCAGCUGGCUCAUGCACUCCACAUGGAUGAGAGCCUGGACGCCGGCUGUCUCGUCCGAGUCUUUUGGCCAAAGACCAAAUGUGCUUUACUUCGAGACGACCUGGUGUUAGUAGACAGCCCGGGAACAGAUGUCACAUCACAACUGGACAGCUGGAUUGACAAGUUCUGUCUGGAUGCUGAUGUCUUUGUACUGGUGGCCAACUCUGAAUCCACUCUUAUGAACACGGAAAAGCACUUCUUCCACAAAGUGAAUGAAAGACUAUCGAAGCCCAACAUCUUCAUCCUUAACAACCGCUGGGAUGCCUCCGCAAAUGAACCAGAGUACAUGGAGGAUGUGAGGAAGCAGCACACAGACCGCUGUGUCAACUUCCUGGUGGAGGAGCUGAAGGUGGUGGAUCGUGAACAGGCACCAAACCGCAUCUUCUUUGUCUCUGCCAAGGAAGUGCUCAACUCCCGCAUGCAGCGUGCACAGGGUAUGCCUGAAACAGGGGGAGCCCUGGCUGAGGGCUUUCAGGAAAGACUGAAGGAAUUCCAGAACUUUGAGAGGAGGUUUGAGGAGUGUAUCUCGCAGUCAGCAGUGAAAACAAAGUUUGAGCAGCACACUAUCAGGGCCAAGCAGAUCACUGAAAAAGUCAAGAGUAUUAUGGAUGCCAUCAACAUCGAGGCGGCUGAGAAGAGAGUGGCAGCACUGGAGGACAGAGAGUAUCAGAUGGACCGACUGGAGUUCGUCAAAAAUCAACUCAAUUUGCUGAUCGAUGAUAUCAAAAAGAAGAUUAAGGCCAUCAGCGAGGAUGUUGAAUCAAAGGUGUCCAAUGCUAUGGGGGAGGAAAUCUGCCGACUUCAUGUGAUUGUUGAGGAGUUUCACACUGACUUCCACCCUUCAACUCAUGUCCUCAAGCUCUACAAAUCUGAGCUGCUCUCUCAUGUAGAGGAGGGAAUGGGCAAGAACCUGGCCUUCCGCUGUUCUGACGCCGUCAAUGCUUCAGUUCAGUCUUCUCAGCAGUACAUGAUCGAGAGCAUGCUCCCUCUACUUCCCUCUGCAGUCCAAGGUCAAAUCCACAUGUUGGUACCAAGCAGGAAGUUUGACUUAAGUUACGACCUGAACUGCGCCACGCUUUGCAGCGACUUCCAGGAGAACAUUGAGUUCCAGUUUUCAUUGGGCUGGACGGCAUUAGUCCACCGCUUCCUGGGCUCAGUCAAUGCACAGAAAGCCCUCAAACUGAUGGACCAGAGCUUACAGACUUCCAGACCGGCACUACCACUGGCUCGGACACCUUCCUCAGGACCCCCCUCUACGACAGCCCCACCAAACCAGGAGACAGCACUCAUGACCCAGGAGGACCUGAUGGUGGCCAUGGCAACCAAUGUGGCAUCCCUGACUUCCCGCACUUCAAUGAGUGUAAUAGUAGUUGGAGGCGUGGUUUGGAGAACUGUGGGCUGGAGGCUGAUCGCUCUGUCAGCGUCACUCUACGGUCUGCUUUACCUGUACGAGAGACUCACCUGGACCACGAAGGCCAAGGAGCGCACUCUGAAGCGCCAGUUUGUGGACUAUGCAACAGAGAAGCUGCAGCUGAUUGUCAGUUUUACUAGUGCAAACUGUAGUCACCAAGUCCAACAGGAGAUGGCGACGACCUUUGCUCGGCUCUGUCAGCAGGUGGACCAGACACAGACAGAGCUGGAGGCAGAAAUCCACCGACUGACAGCCAAGAUAGACCAGCUGGAGAUGGUCCAGAGCCACUCCAAGAGCCUGCGACAUAAAGCCACAGAUCUGGAGAAAGAGCUGGAGGAGUUCACCAAGCAGUACCUUCAGCCUCAGUGAGCCGCUCCUCUUCAUCGUCUCAUUCCUCAGUGACGCUUCAACGGAGCCCCGGACCACCUCACCUCCACCACACCACGGUUUGACCAGUGAUCAGAGGGAAGGAAGCAAGCCGGAGCUAUUUUGACAAUCGAUGAAAUGUUUUAUGAAGAGAAUCCCAGACGUCUGCAGUACCCCACGUGUCCAUUCUGUCCUUUUCUGUUUCAUUUGUAAUGUUAUUAUGAGGAGAUGUUUUUGUCCCUUUAGUGUUUGACCUUUUGUAGUCACAGUUUAUUGAAUGAAAAGAUGAUUUCUAACAAUCGUAGUGGACAGAGAAAAGGAAAGACCCAGACAUGUCAGUAUUUUUCCCCUCGUGGUUUUUCCUCCUCAGCUGCUCGAUGCGGUGAGCAAACUGGACCAGAACCAGUGAACACACUGCCUGGACACUGAGCUGAGCAGUGCUGAGUGGAGCUGCUCUACCAGGAGGCCAUUCUCUACUGGACUGGUGCUACACUAACACUAAUGUGCUUCUAACUGUGAAUAUGCCUUUUUUGACGAAACUGUGGAGCAAAUGAAGUUUGUACAGUCGAUGCAGUUGUACAUGUAACGGAUCAGACACAUAUAUGUGCAAAAACAUUAAUUGUUUUUGUGAAAAAAUAAUAUAAAUUUGAUUAAGAAGGGGAAGCAUGUAUUUAACUGUAGGUUUCUGUUCAGUUUUGUAACUGUCUGAACUGUAAAGAGAAAAGGCUUUAGAAUUCCUCCUAUAUUUUAUAAUCUGCUGUGUUGUUUCAACCCAGUGAAGCUCCAGUAAUGACGACACCGGUCUGCACUUGGCAAACGCAUUGGUUUGUUGAAUGUGCGUCCAAAUACCUCUAGACUGUAAUAAAUCUACUGCAGUCUUUAAC